UUUGCUUAGCAAUGAACUAUGUGAAAUGCAUGUAUUGGUCUAAGCAGAAGAAUAGCUAUUUAUCUUCCACAUGAGACCACUUCUUGAUCAAACACUUUAUACAGAAUGUUUAUGGGCCGAUCCAGCCACUUUCAGGCUUUCAGGGCCAAGUGACUUCCUUCCCCUCAUUUGUUAUAAUCCCUCCCUGUUGCUGGAGAACUGCAUGGGUGAAUGAUAAAGCAAUACAGUCUUCAAGUAGGCUACAGUAAUAAGGUUACAGACUACGCUGGUACUGAAACAGCCACCGCGACACCAUGUUUCCUACACUCCCAUUAGCUAAGGGCACCGUAACCCCUAACACUACAGCCAGCCACACCACCGCCGCUCCCGGGUUUAUAGACCAGCUACUGAACAAGAUUCCCUUGCCAAGAUGGGCCAUUUACACCAUCUUUGCUGUCAUUGUCUUGGUGUUUUUGGUGUGUAUUAUAUGCAUCUGUGCGAAAUGCUGCUGCAAGAGCAAGAAAAAGAUCAAAAAGAAGCCGGACAAUCAAAUCAAUCUACAAGGGGUGAUUGGUUCCUCGACUACAUCGCUAGUCCAACAUGGCUCGGAUGAUGCAGGCUACGGCUCAGCUAAAAACCGGGGGAGACUACUCUAUUCUCUGGAAUACAAGGCACAAGAGCUGACAGUGGGGCUCAAAGAGGCUGCAGCUCUGACAGCCAUGGACCGGAGUGGCACCUCUGACCCCUAUGUUAAAGUCUACAUCACUCCCAACAAGUCAAAGACAUUCGAGACUAAGGUCUACAGGAAAACCCUCAACCCUGUGUUCAAUGAACACUUCACAUUUAAGAUUGACAAGGCUGAGCUCAAUGAGUCCACCAUAGUCAUGAAAGUGUUCGACUUCGAUAGAUUCUCCAAACACGACAUCAUCGGGGAGCUGAGGCUGCAGCUCGGAAUCAUCGACUGGAACCAUGUGAUUGAAGAGUGGGAAGACCUGAGAGAACCCUCCAAGUUUGAGGAUGAAAUUCUGGGGGAGAUCUGCUUCUCGUUGCGCUACGUCCCCACCACUAACAAGUUGACUGUUGUCAUCCUGGAAGCCAAGAACUUAAAGAGUAUGGACAAAGGGGGCUCAUCAGAUCCCUAUGUAAAAGUGCAGCUUGCUCUGGACAAGAAGAAGUGGAAGAGAAAGAAGACGUCUGUUAAAAAGUCCACACUGAAUCCCUACUUCAACGAAUCCUUUACGUUUGAUGUGUCGUUUGAACAAAUUCAAAGGGUUCACCUGAUGAUUUCCGUGUGGGACCAUGACAAGUUGAGCAGGAACGACGCCAUAGGGAAGAUUUUCCUGGGUUGUGAUGCUGCAGGGAACCAGCUGAGGCACUGGGCAGACAUGCUGUCCAAUCCCCGUAGGCCUGUGGCUCAGUGGCACAACCUGCUUUCCAACGAACAAGUGGACUCCACCCUCGACCUCAAACACAGAGUUAGGAUCCCCUUCAUCAAUAAGAACUUUUGAGAAAUCUUAGACUCGCUUGCCAGACUCAUGGCACUCAAGUGGCUAUGGGAAGAGGUUGGAGAAAAUCCUCCUCCAUGGCCCGGCAUAACCAGAUUCCUCCUUCUACUUCACUCAGCUAAUAGCAGCUUGGAGGCCCUAGCACUUUUAAACAAAAUACAGAGCCUUCAGAAAGUAUUCACACCCCUUGAUUUUUUCAACAUUUUGUUGUGUUACAGCCUGAAUUUAAAAUGGAUUAUAUUGAGAUUUGUACGUCACUGUCCUACACACAAUACCCUAUAAUUUCAAAGUGGAAUUAUGUUUUUAGAAAUAUUUACAAAAAAUAUUUUUAUGAAAAGCUGAAAUGUUUUGAGUCAAUAAGUAUUGGACCCCUUUGUUAUGGCGAGCCUAAAUAAGUUCAGGAGUAAAAAUGUGCUUAACAAGUCACAUAAUAAGUUGCAUGGACUCUGUGUGCAAUUAUUGUGUUUAACAUGAUUUUUGAAUGGCUACCUCAUCUCUGUACCCCGCACAUACAAUUAUCUGUAAGUUCCCUGAGUCCAUUAGUGAAUUUCAAACACAGAUUUAAUCACAAAGACCGGGGAGGUUUUCCAAUGCUUCUCAAAGAAGGGCACCUAUUUGUACAUGAGUAAAAAAAUAAAAAGCAGACAUUGAAUAUCCCUUUGAGCAUGGUGAAAUUACACUUUGGAUGCUAUAUUAAUACACCCAGUCACUUCAAAGAUACAGGUGUCCUUCCUAACUAAGGAAGAAAACCGCUCAAGGAUUUCACCAUGAGGCCAAUGGUGAUUUUAAAACAGUUCCAGAGUUUAAUGACUGUGAUAGGAGAAAACUGAGGAUGGAUCAACAACAUUGUAGUUACUCCACAAUACUAACCUUAUUGACAGAGUGAAAAGAAGCAAACCUGUACAAAAUAAGGCAAUAAGGCACUAAAGUAAAACUGCAAAAAAUGUGGCAAAGAAAUUAACUGAAUGUCAUGAAUACAAAGCAUUACGUUUUAGGGCAAAUCCAACAUAACACAUCACUGAGUACCACCCUUCAUAUUUUCAAGCAUGGUGGUGGCUGCAUCAUGUUGUGGGUAUGCUUGUCAUCGGCAAGGACUAGGGAGUUUUUUGGGGGAUAAAAAUAAGUGGAAUAGAGCUAAGCACAGGCAAAAGCCUAGACGAAAACCUGGUUCAGUCUGCUUUCCAACAGACACUGGGAGACAAAUUCACCUUUCAGCAGGGCAAUAACCUAAAGCACAGUUGCUUACCAAGCCAACAAUGAAUGUUCCUGAGUGGUCUUGUUACAGUUUAGACUUAAAUCAGGCUUGAAAAUCUAAGUAAUGGCCGUCUAGCAAUGAUCAACAACAAACUUGACAAAGCUUGAAACAUUUUAAAAAGAAUAAUGUGCAAAUAUCGUACAAUCCAGGUGUGAAAAGCUCUUAGAUAUUUUCCCAGAAAGACUCACAUUUGUAAUCUCAGCCAAAUGUGAUUAUAACAUGUAUUGACUCAGGGGUGUGAAUACUUAUGUAAAUGAAAUAUUUCUUCAUUUCAUUUUCAAUAAAUUUGCUAAAAACAUGUUUUCACUUUGUUAUUUUGAGGUUUUUGUGUAGAUGGUUGCGAAAAAAAAUCUAUGUAAUCCAUUUUGAAUUUAGGCUAUAACACAACAAACUGUCGAAUAAGUGAAGGGGUAUGAAUACUUUCUGAAGGCACUGUAAAUGCUGCCAUUUUUAUAGACAUUUCAUGAUAAACACAUGAUAAUAUAGGAAUAAUAGAAUUAUAGAAGCUCAACUAUUUUCUAUGUAGUCCAUUGUUUAUUGGUUUUAUCCUCAGUUUGAAUAGCCUUACAGGCAAACUUGAACGCUGCACAUAUGACUGGCAUGUUCAUAAAAAAGUAAUUACAAUUUG